AUGUCUCUCUGCUGCAGCUCCCUGCUGAUGCUGCUGCUGUUACUGUCUCCUCUGGGCUGGAGUUAUGAGGGUCUGACCCCAGGCUGUCACCUGCACCCCUUUAACGUGACCGUGCACAGUGACAGGCGCAGCACGUGUCGUGGGACGCAGCUGGUGUUUGCGUGUGUGGGAUACUGUGAGUCUAGCGCCUUCCCCUCACGAUACUCUGUUCUGAUCGCAUCCAACUUCACCCACAACAUCACCUCCGCAUCCCGCUGCUGCACCAUCAGCAAGGAGGCCAAGGUGAAGGUGCGGCUGGACUGCCCUCGCGGUCGUCAUCAUGAUGACGUCCAGAUCCUGACGGCCAGAGCCUGUCACUGCGACAUGUGCCGCAAGUCCCGCUACUGA